AGUUAGGAGUGGUCAUUUGGAGUUGUAAGGAACUUUCACUUUAUUUGGUCAGUUCACACACACUGGAGGUUGUCCGUGCUUUGAGAUGGAACUUUGUGUUUUCUCUUCAUUACUCACUGUACUGUGUGUGGGACUGUACGGGAAAUCUACCUAUGCAGAUAAACGAAACAUAACACAGCCUUUAAAUGAGGCUCUAUCAGUCACUGAAGGUAAACCCCUGAUGAUAAACUGUUCAGCAGAUGGAAACCCCAGCCCUCAUUAUAACUGGACUUUACCUAAUAACACAACCAUCUCAAACUCCUCCAUCUACAUCAGCAGUGUCCGUAAAGAAGACCAGGGUCAGUACAUCUGCACCACCUACAAUGACGUGGGCCAGGCAACAAGGACUGUGAAUGUAACGGUUAUAGCAUGUACAGAUCUUGUUGUCACUCCGGCGUCUCUGCUGAAGGAGUAUGGAGACCCUGCUGAAGUGAACUGCUCCAUACCGAGCAAACCUGAGACAGGUUACGUGCUGGGCUGGGAGUCUAAAACAUCACAGCCACAGACAGACAAUGAGACGAGUGUGAUGUGGAAGGUGGACAGUCUGACGAAUUGGGAGGAAGCUGACGGAAUCAUGUGUUACUUCACAGCGGGAAAUACUCAGUGUGAGAGUAAUGUAACUGUCACCAUUUACAAGAGGCCAGACAGGGUUACACUGAGCUCUGUGUCUGACGAGUGGGUAGAGGGAAAUCAGACAGAGCUGAGGUGUGAGAUUGAAAACGUUGGUCCUGGACAUAAACUCAGUGUACGCUGGAGCAGAGCGGAUCCGAAGCACAACAAUGCUUUCACACAAUUCAAUGAAACGUCAUUCCCAGACUUGGUAAAUAAGACAAACAACGUGAGCAUGACAGUGAACUUAACCAUUACGCCCAGCCGUGAGGAUGAUGGAGUGCAGUAUCAGUGUGCAGCAGUGCUGAAUGUGGACCAACCACCGCUCAACUACACAUCACAACCACUCAACGUCACUGUAUACUAUAAACCAAACAUAACAGAGCCUUUAAAUGAGGCUCUGUCAGUCACUGAAGGUAAACCCCUGAUGCUAACCUGUUCAGCAGAUGGAAACCCCAGCCCUCAUUAUGACUGGACUUUACUUAAUAACACAACCAUCUCAAACUUCUCCAUCCACAUCAGCAGUGUCCGUAAAGAAGACCAGGGUCAGUACAUCUGCACCGCCUACAAUGACGUGGGCCAGGCAACAAGGACUGUGACUGUAACGGUUAUAGCUGGCCACAAUCCACACUUCAUUUACUAUAUAGUGGCCAUUAUAGUGAUGGUGGUGUCAGCUGUGGUCAUCGCUGUGUGCUGCACGUAUUACCGACGCACACGCAUGGGUCAGUACAUCCUGAAGCAUCUGAGAUCCCGCAGGCACAACGGCUAUUUGGACCACAAUGCUGAAGACCAAGCACAACUGUAGAUACUGCUGAAGAUAACAUCUGUGUAAUUAUGCUGCGUUCAACUAAAUUUCAUAAUUCUGAAUUUCCGACCUCCAGUAGGAAAUCCAAAGAAAUCGCCCCGUCAACUCGGAGCUCCUUCUUGGAAGGUUGAGAGGGUCUCCUCAACCCCAAGCUCAGCACGUGACAUUAAAUCAACAUGGCUGCUCAGAACAUUAACAGUAAACACAGCAGCACGUCUUUCCUUUUAAACAGGUUGCUUUAGCUCAGUUAACAUACAGUGAUGAUACAGUUCGCUCUACACUCAUCACAGAUAGCGAACAAGAUAAACAUGGAGGUCAAAAAACUUCCCACAUUCCAUAAGUUUAGUCGAAUGCAGCAUUAACACUGACACUAGUGUAACUACUGCUAACCUCUCUGUACUGAGUGCUAGCUGGGAGCCCCGAGAAGACAGGGCUAACUCUUAUUCAUGUAGUUCAUUUCCACAAUGUAGUAUUAGUUUUUGUUUUUUAAAAAUAAGAAUUUGAAAAAACUGACUGUAGAUCAUGCUAUUUACUGUGAAGUACAACUGUAGCUUAUCGAUGCAUUACAGUAUUUCAUGGGUAUUGCAGUGUGAAUGUGUAAAACCUCAGGCCCAGCCUUUGCACAGGUUAACUGCUAUUUUCUGCUCGUCAGCUUUCACUGUACAGUUUGAGGAGCUGGAUCAAUAAAACCCAAACUGGA